UCUCGCUGUCGAGGGCACGAGGGACUCGCCAGUAAGACGCUUCGCGCAACCGGCCUAGUCGCGAUUCGACCACGCCGUCGGAAUGGUCCUUACGGUCUCGGUCGUACCGGUUGUGUCGUCGCGCUUGAGUUUCGUGUGUAGCGUGCGUGUGUGUUUUAAUUGCUCAAGAAACUCUUAGGACUAUCCCUUCCCCGAUCUUGCAACAUUUGUUCGCCAUUUUGUACUAAUAAAGUGUACUAAGUAAAACGUGCUCGCAAAGUGCUAGUGGUUCGAUAUACUGCAAAAAAAAUCCCCCCCAAGGUGAAUACACUCUCAGUCCGUCCAUCCGUAGCGAAUUCUUCAUCCCGGGAUAAAAACCAGCACCGGAUAGCUUGUAUUUUCGUCCGCGUUGGCUUUGUGCAAGUGAGUGGCAAUGGCAAUAUGUGCGUCAAAAGUGGCGUAAAUUUCCCCCGUGUGUGUGUGUGUGUGUAAACCCAGUAGUUGCCCCCCGUUGCUUUCCGCCUGGGAGGGGAGGAAAAAUCAACGCAACGGCUCGGCCGAUGACAAAGUAAACGAAACAUCUUCUCGUAUGUGACGUGCGCCCGGUCCUGAUCUUCGUAGCGGGUGUGUUGUGCUGUGCGGUGCAAUAAACGGACGGAUGGAUUUUAUUUCAAUCUCUCUAAAUGCUUCCGUCUUGUGACAAUCGCAACGGUUGGAAGUGACAGUUUUUAUACCUUACCUUCUUACUAGCCGCAGCAUUUUCCGCCGCGAUUCUUUGUUGAUGUCUCGAGUGAUUGGCGAACACAUCCUUCUCUUGCGCAAGUGAGUGUUUAUUUCUUGUCGGUCCGAUCAAACAACAGCCGAACAACGCGAUAUGUGCGUGAGGAUCAAAUAUCAACUAUAGCUUGUAGUCGAGCGCCACACACCAUGAACUAUUUGCAAGCUUCGGUUCAAGAUCACCGGUUUGAAUCAUCCGCAGUCGAAAGUGUCAAAGCCUACUACGUCUAUAACUCGCUAAGGAACGUCUCGACGAGAGCUGAUUGAUGCGCCCCGGACCAGCAACCACCCCAAAUUGACGUAAUCGACCGUACCGUACCGCACCAGAAUCCCAUCACGGAAAGUCCGUGUCUCAAGAGGGCUGCCGGCGAGUGUGUGUGUGUGUGAGUGUGAGUGUGGUUUAAUAGAAUAAUGCACCUCUUUGAUUCGUCGAAGAGGACACCCGACAGAGUGACGGAUUCGCGUGUAAUAUGAACCGCCAAUCCGAUGGUGGUGCCAAAGUGCUUGUGAACGCGUACGCCGGGACCAAGGCAGAAGCCGGACGGGUCAAGUUGAAGAAGUCGUCGGUGCAGUCCAAAAAUGUUCCUGACUCCCGCGGUUCGGCCCCGGCGGGAAGCAACGGUGCCGGCAUCAGCAGCAGCUCUGCCACGACCACGACGUCCUCUACCGGUGGCGGCUUUCAGUCAUUCUUCCGCUGGUUCCGACGGGAUGAGUCACGGGUACUUGCACGCAGUGCCAGCGGUUCGGCCGUCACACCGGAACUGCACGAUCGAAAUGCGCGACGACAGCAGCUCGGUUCCCAGUCGGCUGCUGCCCCUAGCAUAGGACGGACCUCCUCCCUGUCGGAAGAAAGUUCGGCACCGGGCGGAAGUGGUACGAUCGCGAGUCGACGCACGAUCGACAGUACGGGCAGCAAGAACUCCAACGGCACGACCACCGGCGACAGUGUUAGUCAGUCGGCCAGCAAUGGUACGCACAGCUCCUCGCCGAGCCCUGGACCGGUGAUUGAUUGCAACAACCUUUCGAAGAGUUCGAGCUGUGACAGCAUACUCAGCACAGCCACCAACGGGUUCGCCUUUGUGCCGCCGAACUGUUACGAGGCGGUGAUCGCUAAGGGUAACCCGGACAUUCGGCGCACGAUACAGCCGGGACCGUACACGGAUAGCUAUAAGAGACGCUGCUCGGAGCGGGAUCGUGCACGGGAGCUUGAUCGUAAGUACGAGCUGACGUUGCGCAAGAAGUAUCGAUUGUUUGCAAGUCUCCGGGAGAGUCCGGUGAGAGAUCAGCGGGACGCAACACUCACCCGGGACAAUCAGCGCACGGUGUAUGCGGAUCUUAGUUUGCCAGCCGCGAGUGGAACGAAGACAAGCGCAUCUAGCGCCGUCGAGAGCGGGGCUGAUCGGCAGGAGUCAGGUGCAGCCGAUCGACGACAUCGACGAACGGUUAGUGAUAGCUCCAAGGAUCGUCGUGCCGGUGCGUACGUGCACGUCAAGGGUAAGAGACGAGCUCCACCACCACCACCCCUGUCCCUGGAUCGAUCCGAUACGGGAUCCUCAUCGACGAGCACCCUUACACGCUCGUGCACACCCAACUAUCGAACACUAUCCCCCGGAUCGACACUAUCGUCCCGCAAGAAACGACCUGCACCAGCGCCUCCGGUAUCACCAACGACUCCAACACUCAACGAAGCAUCGUCCAGCACAAGCCUGCUGGAGGACCGAGAGAUCAAAGCCAUCAUCGAGGGAAGGCCAUUGUCACUGUUAACUAAAGAGGCAGCUGCCGACCCAGAACCGACGCUCAUCAUGCCGCUACCGCUCAUAAGACCGCUCUCCCCACUGCCCAACAUCGCGGAAGAACGUGCCCCUCCCGGUGGGCUGACGGAAGAGCAGAAGCAACAGCUUAUCGAUAACAUCCGCAAGGUGCAGUCGCAAGUCGCAGCAGCUGCACCGAAAGCUCCAGACACACCGCCGACACCGACGAACGCGGACGAUCCUUGCGAUGUGAUGAAGAUGGAGGAGCAGUUUAACCGAGCGAACGGAACACGCUCCCCAAUCCACGACUAUCUUUACGCGGAAGCGAUGGCAAGUGCGAAAUCGAGCGGUGGACAACCGGCACAACAACAGCUCCAACCACCAACAUCGCCAAUCUCCCCGAGACCCUGGUACAAACGGCCAAUAUCCGGCAUCCGGCAGCAGGAAAGUUCGCUCCCGUUCAAGCGAGACAUUAUUCUGAAAACGAUCGACAAACGGAAAGCUGGCAAUGGGAAGCACGGCAAGGAUGGCGGUGAUGAUCUUCCCGAGGUGGGAUAUUGUAGAAACUCGAUGUUGCAUCAGGAGCAGGGUUCCGGUACGCACUCCAACAGUACCGGUAGCCCCUCGUCUUCGCUUUCCAGUGGCGUUGGGAAGUUUAAUCUGUUUGCCAAGAUUACGGAAAAGUCGGACGAUACGAAGAGGCGGGAGCGCGAUGCGGAGAAGCGACAUUCGGCCAUCGGAAUACCUAGCAUCAGUGAGCUUGAUCGAGAGGCAGCCGAAAUCGUUCACAACGAGUACCGGUGCAAUGGUGCGGAUAAAACGCAGUCCUCGGAAGGACAACAAACGGGCGAUAAGCAGAAAUCCACCAAGGAACUGAUAUCAAAGUUCGAAGCGACAAGCGUUCCGGUGGCAGGAAAGGUCACGGUGAGCAGUUCGUUCGUUGCGAGGCGGGACUAUUUCGGGCUGGACACUACACCUACUGUGCCUCCCGUGUCGGCAACAAACACGUCCACCAACCAAUCGGUUGCAGGUGUUACUGCUUCGACUAGUGAGAAACCCAUCCCAUCGCAACCUACAACGAAUGGUCCCGAAAGUCAGACACAAUGCUCAUCCUCAAAUGGGCUGGCGAAAACGGGCAGCGAUAAGAAUUUGCUUGGCUUGUGGACGUGCCCUUACUGCACGCUGGAAAACCCUAACUGGCGCAUCAUUUGCGAGGCGUGCGAGCGUAUCAAACCGUACGACAGUAAGCUCAGCAUUCUCGAGGAACCUCCGCUGAGACCGAACCAUCCGUUGAAGCGCCCCAUUCCCGAUGCCAAAAAGCUGCUACAACCAGCUCAAACGCCACCGCCCGCGGUUCAAAAUGGCGACGAUGUGGAUAGGAAAACGGAGCGAGUUUUGAAGUACUUUAUGCCAAAGCCACUAGCAGCACCGGCCACCAAUGGGACGCUGCUGGUAGGAGGCAACGGUGACGAUCGGGCAUCGCUGGUGCAGCGAAAACCGAGCUACGGACAAUCGAAACCACUCGCGUCGCCCAAGAUGGGUGUCAAGAGUCUGAUGAAUCGUACCACGCAUCAAGAUGGCCACCAAGGCGCACUGUACCGUAACUUUAAUGCCAUUCCCGAGAGUUACCACAACGGUGCCGGUGAUGGUGGUAGUAGCAAUAAGUUUGACGAUCAGAAGCUGAAAGAAAGCAACUGCGUUAGCAAUGGACCGAUGACCACUGCUCCGCUAGCUUCACCAGAACCUACGACGGAAAAGGAAGACACAGUGUAUGGGGUGUUGGGUAAGCCCUACGCUCCGAAGGAUCGAGUUAAUAUUGAAGAGAUACGUAACGCACGCAUUGCACGAUUCGGGGCAAUUGUUGAGCAGGAACUGGCCGAACCGGCCCCCGUGGUAAAGGAAACCAUUUCGACCAAAACCAAAGAGCAGCAAGAUCAGGAAGCGCUCGAGAAGGAAAAGGAACGGUUGCGCGAGAUGAUCCGAGCGAUGAACGCCAAAGCCCUGGCAGAGAAGUAUCCCGUGGUGCAGAAGCCACCGCCGAGUAAUGGCGGGAACAGUAGCAGCCUGAAGCGAGAUUCACCGUUGGUGCAACGGAAAAAUGGACUUACAUCUGGCAUUCCCAUCAGCACCAAGAGCCUGAGCCCUGUUCCGCCGAGGAAAAUGGGAAGUCCUCUACUGGCACGUAAAUCUCCAGCACCUUUCAUACCUCCGGAGGACAGCGUGCGGAGGGAAUCGACUCCAGUGGACAUAGGUCCGGUCGCAUCGCCCAACACGGGAGCUAUCAGGAAGACAUCGUUCCCGAGACGUGAUGUUGGUGAUGCAAAGCUCCCAUCCGCCAGUGAGAGCAAGAUCAUCAAUCAGGACAGUCUGCGAGGAACGAUUCCGGAGACGGUUCUGGAGAUUAACCAUCAGCCUCCGACCACCGGAUCUACGCUUGUGCUCACGAACGACGUACAGGGAAUGCAUUACGAACCGAUGGAUGAGCAACAGUUUGUGCGGGCUGCUGGCAGUGGACAGCGCCCAAACCCCGAUACGAGUUCAAUUCCGCGUCCUUCCGGGGUUCCACUAUCGCCCAGACUGCAGGAUCGCCAUCGAAAGACGCUGCUGGAAAAGCAGCAGCAGCACGACGAGAAGCUGAAGCAACUUUCCGUCCAGCUCCGAUCGCAGCAGGGUGUCGAUCGAUUCCGGAACACGCUGCUGUACGCACCGAACAACAUUAGCCGCACCGGUACGCUGGCGCUAAACAAACUGCUGCGCAAUCUGGAGCAAGCCAUAGGCGAGGGAGCGCACGAUCGGGCAGCAGAGUUGGCGAUGGAUCUUGCCAAGAUGAAGGUGUCGCUGUCGGUUACGAGACAGAGUCCUACACGGCCCAGCUCUACCACUUCCGGAAGUUUGACUGACAUAAGUCUUAAUGUUUACAUCGACGAUAAGGUAUCACACAAGGGACCAAUCCGUAUGACGUUGGCAGGAUUCGCGACACUUGCCCAGCUAAAGGCUAAGCUUUGCACCGAGUACCAGAUACCGGUGGCCGUGCAACGCUGGCGUUGUGAUGAUCAACCGCUGGAAGAUGACGCUCGGACACUGUACGAUUACGGCAUACAGACGAGCGAUCGUACGCUGUCCGUGUUCAUUGUGCAGCCACCUGUGCCGGCUAGGGAACACAAGCCACCACUGCUGAAGCAACAAAACUUCAGCAGUGCCGAGAUAAAGCUUCUGGCCGUUUCCUCCGAAUCGGAUGGUGAGCAUUCAGACACGCAGAACGAUGAUACCGUUCUUGGAGCAACAGCCCUACCAACACCAUCACCAAGAGGAUCGAUUACAAAGCCAAACAGUGAAGCUACUGUGAAGGAAACACCCACCAACAGUGAGACUGCUGGAUGGGCCUGUCCAGUCUGCACACUGAUUAACCCACUCGAUCGACCCGGAUGUGCGGCCUGUUCCGAGGCACGACCCACGCGCUACAAAUCUCACUCGCCAGUCGAGCAGAUUACGGUCACACCGGAAGAUUUAACACGCUACCUGGACCAGCAACCACCGCUAGCACCGGGCCGUAAGACGAAAGAACCGACGGUACACGUGCAGCUAAGAAACCCACCGCUCGAAACACGCAACGAUCUGAACCGGAUCUCGUCCAAUCGGAAGUCCUCGGAUAUAUUUAACAUUCUGCACGAAGAACACAAAACGAUCGCUGCCGGCAAACAUCCGGCAACAAUGCUAACACCACCCCAACAACCUACACCUGCCCCCGUUCCAAAGCCACGCACCAGUGAUCUGCUACGACCGGAUCACAUCCAGGUGCCGGAGCAGAACCGUAUCGUGAUGACAGCGCUGGCCACGCACCGGAGUCCCAACAUUACCCGCAGCCAGUACCGGGGUGUGGACAACUUUAAUCCCAACUCGAGCGGUAUGGUGAAACCGGAACGGCCCAUCAUAACGACGGCCAGUCCCAUCGUGCGGGCGGUGCUGCUGAAAAGCUCGUCCGGCGACAAAGCACCCGCAGUGCGGUUCGGUCGCAACGGGCUUGCGCUGCCGGACGAUGGCACGGAAGUGACGCCCAAUCACUACACGGAGCUAGUCAAUCUCGACAAUGCGGAUCUGAUUGCGAACAUUGAGCCGUUCGAGUGUCCGAUCUGUUUCGGUGCGUUCCAACCGUACGAGGGUAUCGUGCUGCGCGAUUGUCUGCAUUCGUUCUGCAAACAGUGUCUGAUCAGCACGAUCCAGUACAGCGAGGACGCCGCAAUACGUUGCCCGUACAGUGACGCCGUGUACAGCUGUGAAAGUGUUAUACAGCAACGCGAAAUAAAGGCUCUUGUCAGCAAGGAACUGUACGAGGCACAUCUGGCGAAAUCGAUCCAGCAGGCCGAGAGCACCAUCGACAACACGUUCCACUGCCGGACGCCGAACUGUCGCGGUUGGUGCAUCUACGAGGAUAAUGUGAACCAGUUCAAGUGUCCCGUCUGCAGGAUCGUUAACUGUCUGACGUGUCGGGUUAUACAUGAUGGGCUCGAUUGUAAGCAGUACCAGGACCGCAUGAACAGUGACUGUGAUACUAACUUAGAAGCGCGACGCACCAAAGCAAUGCUGCAGGAGAUGAUCGAGAAAGGGGAAGCACUUAACUGCCCAACCUGUCAGGUGAUAGUUAUGAAGAAAUGGGGCUGCGAUUGGCUCAAGUGCUCCAUGUGCAAGACGGAAAUCUGCUGGGUAACGCGUGGCCAUCGGUGGGGACCGGCCGGCAAAGGUGAUACGACCGGUGGCUGUCGGUGCGGCAUCAACGGAAUCAAGUGCCAUCCAAAGUGCAACUACUGCCAUUGAGCUCAGGAGAAGCUUACAACACUACUAGCGCAAGCGGAACCUGUGUGUCCUAGUAGAAAGAGAGAGAGAGAGAGCAAGAGAGAGAACUGGAACCAAAUGUAUUUUUUAAAACCGAUGCAAACACUUAAAACUUGGCAAACGAACCUGUUAAGCGUAGAUUCAAAGAUGGAAAAGGGCCGAAUGGAAACAUUUAUCGUAGAAAGAUCGUUCGCCGAGAUGAAAAUCCGACAUUCGGAGUGUGUGUGUGCCGGUCUUCUCACACAAGCGAGGCAGCGUAAUUGUUCUUUCAACGUGAGCAAUAGAAGAAAUAAAAUUUCUUGAUAGUAAAACGUG